AUGUCUUCCGGGUCAUCGUCGCGGAGCACCUCCCCGAGCUCGGACUCAGAGUGGAGCAAGAAGGAGAACAAGAUGUUCGAGGAGGCGCUCGCCUACUACGGCGAGGGCGCUCCCAACCUCUGGGAUAAGGUGGCCAGCGCCAUGGGGGGCACCAAGUCCGCUGAGGAGGCGCGCCGCCACUUCCAGAUCCUCGUCGACGACGUCAACAGCAUCGAGCACGGCCGCAUCCCCUUCCCCAAGUACAAGACCCAGGGCUUCUGGACCUAAAAGGAUGAAGCAGUGUAAGCUCCAGUGGACAGUGAGCAAAGAUGUACAAAGUAGAUCUCUAAGAAGCAAGAAUGGACUGUUGUUCUAGAAGAAAGUAAGGGAAUCCAGCAUUGGUAGAACAACAGGAAGGAAAGUCGAGCAUUGUCUAUUUGUGUGUACAAAGUAUUAUUAGGUCAUGUCCAA